AUGACCCUGUCGGGAGGCGGCAGCGCCAGCGACAUGUCCGGCCCCGCCGUCCCGGCGGCCGAGGAUGUGGAUAUCGACGUGGUGGGCGAGGGAGACGACGGGCCGGGCAAGGACGGCGAGGGCGAGGCCGGCAGCCCCGCCGCCCUGCCGCGCCUGCCGCUGGACGAGGCGGCGGAGCUGGCGCUGCCCGCGGAGGCGGGCGCGGAGAGCGGCAGCAGCGGCAGCGGGAGCCCGGCCGGGGCGGCCCCCGGAGGAGCGGCCGAGGGAGGCAAGGGAGGCGGCGAGGAGGGGGCGAGCGGCGGCGGCGGCGGCGGCGGCGCGGCGGGGCAGAGCAAGCCCAAGAGCAGCCUGGUGAAGCCGCCCUACUCGUACAUCGCCCUCAUCACCAUGGCCAUCCUGCAGAGCCCGCAGAAGAAGCUGACGCUCAGCGGCAUCUGCGAGUUCAUCAGCAACCGCUUCCCCUACUACCGGGAGAAGUUCCCCGCCUGGCAGAACAGCAUCCGCCACAACCUCUCCCUCAACGACUGCUUCGUCAAGAUCCCCCGGGAGCCCGGUAACCCGGGCAAGGGCAACUACUGGACGCUGGACCCGCAGUCCGAGGACAUGUUCGACAACGGCAGCUUCCUCCGCCGCAGGAAGCGCUUCAAGCGGCACCAGCAGGAGCACCUGCGGGACCAGACGGCGCUGAUGAUGCAGGGCUUCGGCGCCUACGGCCUGGCCGGACCCUACGGCCGCCCCUACGGGCUGCACCCGGGCGCCUACACGCACCCCGCGGCGGCCGCGGCCGCGCUGCAGUACCCCUACAUCCCCCCGGUGGGGCCCAUGCUGCCGCCCGCCGUGCCGCUGCUGCCGUCCAGCGAGCUCAGCCGCAAAGCCUUCAACUCCCAGCUCAGCCCCAGCCUCCAGCUGCAGCUCAACAGCCUGGGCGCCGCCGGCUCCAUCGUCAAGUCGGAGCCCAGCAGCCGCCCGUCCUUCAGCAUCGAGAACAUCAUCGGCGUCCCCGCCGCCAGCUCGGCCGCCAGCGCUCAGACUUUCCUGCGGCCGCCGGUCACCGUGCAGUCGGCCCUCAUGGCCCACCAGCCGCUGGCGCUGGCCAGGACCACCGCGGCCAUCGCCCCCAUCCUCAGCGUGCCUACCAACAUCAUCGCGGGGCAGUUCCUGCAGCCCGCCGCCCCCGCCGCGGCCGUGCAGGCCAAGUGGCCGGCGCAGUAGCCCCGCCGGUAGCCCCGGGCAGAGCCCCGGGGAGCUCCGGCCGCCCCCUCGGGGAUCCGCGGCCGCCCGGGGCUCGGAGCAGCAAGAGGGCAGCGGCCGCGGCCGCUUGUACAUAUUUGUAUCAAAAAUCACUGACGUUGCUUUCGGGGUUUUUAUUUUUCUAAAGAGGCGAAAAUGACGGUCGCGAUUAAAGGAGCCGCGAACUUUCGCUUUUUUUGAAGGUUCCGGCGCUCCGAGCGGUUUUAUCCGAAAUAAACGAACAAAAGAGGGAAAGAAAAAAAAAGAAAGAAAGAAAGAAAAAAAGGUAUUAAAAAAAAUAAAUAAGCGGGGGAAAUUUUAAAUAUUAAACGAACGAACGGGGGGAAAAAAAGAAAAAAGAGAGAGAAUUUUGGAGAGGAAAAAUAAAAAAAGGAGGAAAAACGCUGUCAUUCUAUUAUAAGAAGUCUGUUUAUAUAUGAAUGAAUAUAUGUAUUCUA